GUUCCAAAGAACGAAUAAAAAAUGACAUUGACAGCUAUUCCCCGACUUUAUUUGUGUUAAUGUUUUGCGAUUUAAAUCCUGAUAUUUGUUAUUAAUUAUUAAUAAAAUGAUUACAAACUUUGAUAAGCUUUGUACAGAAUUGGAAAAGCAAGAACUUGAGGCUCCCACAGGUGUAGCAUCGCCCUCAACGUAUGCUCAGCUGCUUGCCAUAUAUCUGUAUCAAAACGAUCUAUGCAAUGCCAAAUUUCUUUGGAAAAGGAUACCUCAAAACAUUACAAGUAGCAACACAGAGCUAGCAGCUAUAUGGGCUAUUGGACAAAAACUGUGGAAAAAAGAUCUUGCUGGCAUGUAUCAUGCAAUAUCAGCUUAUAGCUGGUCAGAACCUGAAGUUGCAAACAUUGUUAGGGCCCUUGAAGAGAAAGUUCGAGAGCGAGCAUUUAAUUUGAUUGGUCGCUCAUAUAGCUCAAUAUCACUUGAUACAGUAGUAUCCAUGACUGGUCUGAGUCGAGAGGCUGUACUGCAUGCUUGCCGCGAUCGUAAAUGGGUUAUAAAAGAUGACGGUGUCACUGUUAACCCAGUACCUCCAACGCAACCAGCACCGCUCCACACAUCCAGCGAAGACCAACUGUUCAAGUUAACGGAUUUUGUCUCCUUUUUAGAAAAUUAAGUAAGUAGUACCGAAAACAGUAACCGGCACUUUGUUUGAACUUAUGCAAUACUCACUUGUUAAUUUAAAAAUACAAAAACAAGUAUAACAUUU